AAGUGAGUGAAAAAUUGUAAGCGCAGGGUACAUUCUAACCUAAAAAGUGGAAUAAAAUAAAACGAAAUAACUUUAGCUCGCUGAAAAAGCGUUAUUAAAUACUUUUUUCAACAAGUUUAGUGUAUUAUGUCUUUUCAAGAUCAGUCUUCCUUUGGUUUUGCUUAAAAUUAUGGUAAACAAUGCUCGGGCCAUGUUUCCGACAUUUUAAUGUCGCUCCCGAUUUUUAAAGGGAAAUUUGCAACAAACUAAACUUUCUAUUAUGUUAUUCAAUGUUACUAUCAUUUAACCAUGGACACCCAAAUUGACCUAAAGCACAAAAGUGCAAGUGGCAAACCAAAAUCAAAAAAUACUGAAGCGGAAGUUUUUGUGUUGCCACCAAAUCUUUUAGAAAAGUUGGGGAUUCAACUAGACAAGCUUCAGUCUAUAGAAAACUCAACUGAGUCAAAUGUUGAGAUAGGUGUAGCUGGAAACAAAAGUGAAGAAAUAAAUAAGAGUAUAGAUAAAACUUGUAACUUAAAUACUGACAGUACUUGUAAAGAACAUCAAUCAUCAAUUUUGGAGACUGCAAGUUUAAUGAAAGAAUGUGUUUUCCUCAGUCCAACCUUUGUGCCUACAAUAGCUAAUACGAUUGCUGGUGAAGUGGAGAUAGCUAAAGGUAGUAAUGAUUAUGGAUCAGGGAAUAUCGAAAGUUCUUCAGUGCCUUUGAGCUUAGAAACAAGUUCUAUUGAUGAAUUGGAAUCUGUUAAUACAGUUCAAAAUAAUUUAACAAAUAAUAUUCAAGUAGCAAUGUGUAAUAAUUCUGAAUACAGUAAAAUACCGAUUGUUGGAGAAUACAUGGCAACUGAUAACACGUAUCUGUCUCAUAAUGUCAACACAGAGUCGGAAGACAUUAUUGUGAUGCCAAAAGAAAACAUGCAAAACUUGAAAAAGAAAAUUAAUAUUGUACAAGUUGAAGUAAUUAAACCCGGAAAGGGAAGUACUGUAUUAAAAUUUGAUGACAAUAAUGUUCUUACUUCAGUAACAGUUGAUACGUUAGUACCAAUAUCAAAGGAAAUAAGUUCAUAUCAAUUGGAAAAUAAUCAAGAAAAUAAAAUAGAAAACAUUUCUAUGGAGUUUGAAAACUAUGAAUCAAAUCAUAAUUACGUCAAGAAUAAGGACAAUACCGAUUUUAUGCAAUUAUCGAGUAUCCCAGCUUGUAGUUAUCAGGAUAAUGGUUGUGAGGCUACAAUAUUGCAAAAGAAAGAAAAUAUUGAAAUUGAAUGUAAAAUAAACAGUUUUGACAUUCCCACCUCAACAAAAUUUGCUGCAGAAAACAUUGAAUGUUCAGAAAGGAAACCAAAUAAUGGUUUAGACACAGAAAUAAUUUCAAGCACAACUAAAAAUAGCCAAGAUUACAAUUCUCAAGAUUGUCCUGUCUUGGAAAAACUUAAUUUGUCUCCUAAGGUUGUUGAUAAUCACCAAGAUACGAAAAUUAUCAACAAAGACGAAUAUAGCUUUUCCAUCGAGAAAAAUAAUGUCAAUAAGCCUUGUAUAUCCAAAGAAAAUCUAUACAGUGUUAAUCGAAAUAAUUUUGGUUGUAAUAAGGACACAUUUAACUCAAAAUCUAAUAUUGUUACUUGUAAUAAUAUUCAAGAAAUUAUAAAUGAUUCUGAAAAAUCUAAAUUAUGUACACAAGGAGUAGAAAAACCCGGUGGACAAAAUGAACAAGAACUACAACAUUUCCAGCUGGAUUUAGAUAAAGAUAUAAUAAAUACACCAAAGGCCGAUUAUGGAAAUGAAAAUCAGGCUGCAAUUAAAGAACCGGAGGAAAAUCAUUCCCAUGAAACUACACAAGGAACACAUACUAUGAAAAGUCUGAAAACUUACACAAGAAAAAAUAAUAUAGUCAAACAUAUACUACAAGUAGAUUGUGCAAAUAGAACUAAUUUAAGUAAAAAUAUAUCUGAAACCCUUGACAGUCAAAUUAACGACGUUGCGGUGGAUGCUGUCUGCAAGAGUGAAGUAUAUUGUUUGUGUAGUGAUUUUGGCCAGCUAACACAUUAUGAUGAAGACAGUUUUUAUGAACAUAUACACUUUUGGCGACAUAAGAAUGUUGCAUGUGACCAUGAUGAAAUUUUUAGCCUGUAUGACGAUAGUGAAAUCGCCAAUACAAGUGGCGACAAUGAAAUGCCAGUAGAAAAUAUGAAUGAUAUUCCCGAAGAAAGGUCUCAUGCGAUUUGCUGGAAUGAAAUUUAUGAUAAUGACAAAGUAUUAGAUAAAUCUAAAAAGGAUGAUGAAAAUCAAAACAGCAGUGAUGUAGAAAUGGUUGAAGCCAAUGAUAAUUGUCAUAAUAAUAAUUAUGUUGAGAAGAUAAUUGAGAGUAUGAAGUCUGAUUGGAGUUCAUCAAAUUCUUCUUUUACGCAUCAAUCACUAGGGGUGAAUGAAGAGACAAUAAAAGAGGCGCACGAAAUUGAGGGUGCAAAUAAACCUGAAGAUGUUAAAGAUAAAGAUGAAAAUAUUAAAACUAGGAAGAAACGAAGACGCAGUAUGCGUGUCAAUAAGGAUGAAGAUAGCUUUAUGGAUAAUAAUGAACCCUCAUCGAAAAAGAAGGUGAAGUGUGGUGUUUGUGAACAGGUUUUAGCUAAACGGGAAUGGGAAGAACAUUCAAGUGAAGAGCAUGGAUUCAUAGCUUGGAAAGCUGGCGACAGUUUCGACAUACAAGACAAAAAAUUAUUAAUGAAAAUAAAACAGAAAUUGAACGAUGACGGUAUUCUUCAUUGUGGUUUUUGUAAAUUUGUUUUCAAUAAUUGUGAUAACUUUAUAGGCCAUACAAAGAAAUGUAUGAAAAAUAAGGUACCGCAUAGCUCUCAUAGUACGAGUAACACCUUAAAUCUCGAAACAAUAACUGUGGGGCCAAGGAGCAAUAAAAUGCCGAAUGAUUUAGUGAAAUGUGGUGUUUGCCAACAUGAUGUCAAAGGUUCCGACUGGUUGGCACAUAUUUGCCAGCAACAUAAUUACAUAGCAUGGAAAAGUGGAAAAACUCCUUUGAAGGUGGAUAAUAAGGAUAAAAUUAUAAAACACUUGCGCAAAAUUAUAGUAAAACAUGGUGCAUUAGUUUGUCACAAAUGUAAAGGUAGUCGCCAUUAUGGAAUAAAUUCGAUAAAAAAAUAUUUGAAACACAUUAAAUUAUGUAAUGAAGUUAAGGGCAAGUUACCAAUUGAAGAAAAAACUGUGAUGUGUAGCGACUCCUCUAUGAAUGUGGAUGAAACCAUUGACGCUGAAACCACUUUAAGUGCCCCAGUGACAGAGGAUGAAGCUAGUAAUACACUUGUGAAGUGUGGAGCUUCCCCUAAGGAAGUGGAAAUGAACACUAAGAGAACUUCAACAGCUCUAGUAAGACGUAAAUCGACAAGGGGCGGUGUUCAGAAGAAUGAUCAGAUGGUGGUUGAAGAAAAAUCGACGAAGAUUAAAGACUCUUCUAAGAAAAGGUCUGUGGAUGCUGAAAUUAAUAUAAUCUCCCCAAUAACAGAAACCGCUGGCGACACACGUAAAAGAUCAAAUGUGGGUACUGAAAAUGCAACCUCACCGAGUAAAAUUGAACUUAUGAAGUGCGGAGAUUCUUCUAAGAAAGUGUAUACAAAUACUAGGAGAACUUCAUCUCCUUUAGUAAGGCGUAAAUCAACAAGGAGCUGUGACACCUCAAAGAAACAAGAUGCUACAGAUCAUGCGCUAGUGGUUCAAGAAAAAGCGGUGAAAAUUAGUGACUCGCCUAUAAACAGCGAUCCGGAUUCUAAAGCCGGUUCAAGCUACCCUGUGAGAGGAACUGCUGGCGAUUCUGAACUGAAUAAAGUGAACACUAUAAACACGUCUACUCCUUUAGCAAGACGGAAAUCAUUACGGUGUAGUGACACUGCUGAGAACGACGAUCACACACGAGUGGUUAAAGAAAAGCAUAGUGAAUCAUCUAAUAAUGAAAACAAAAAUGAAAAAGUUGAUAACUGUAAAUUCAAUACUAAUACUGCACAUUCUUCAACUCCCCUAGUCAAAGAAACUCAAAAUAAAGAUAUUAAAAAUAAGAGAUCUGCAAUCUCUCCGGAAAAUAUGGAUAUUGAUAAAUCAUUAACCCCUAAAACAAAAGAAAAUACUGGGAAAUGCAGUGACGCUACUAAUAAAGUAAGUCUAGGCACUGAAAACAAUUUAACUGCUUUAACCAAUGUGAAAUGUGGUAUUUGUCAACAAGAAAUGGAAGAAGAUUUGUGGAUUGAUCAUAUACAGAAGGCACAUGAAUAUCUAGCUUGGAAAGAAGGCGAAAAUCCUUUGGAUCUAGAAGAUAAAGACCAAAUCUGGCAGCAUUUGCAUUUAAUUUCCAAGAAAGUUGGUGGACUUGUGUGUGCCAAAUGUGGCCUCAGUCGAAAGUACGUCAAAGCGUACCUUAGCCACAUAAAGCGAUGCGACGGAGUGGAAAAUUCUUCCGAGGCGAAUUCCUUUAAUAAAAUUGACAUUGAUGUUACAAUACCCUUUGUCAAAGACGAAAACAUGAAUAGUAACGAUUCUUAUCAGAAAGUGGAUAAAGAUACCACUGUAACUGAUGAAAUCAAAAAUGUUAUUGUGAAGUGCGGUGUUUGUAAACAAGAAGUGGAAGAUAUUCUAUGGAUUAGUCAUAUACAGACGGCUCAUAAUUACCUGGCAUGGAAAGAAGAAGAGAGUCAUGUGGAUUUUGAAGAUGAAACUCAAUUAUGGCAACAUUUGCAUUUGAUUUCAAAGAAAAUUGGUGGGCUUGUUUGUUCCAAAUGUGGCCUCAAUCGGAAAUAUGUCAAAGCAUACCUUAACCAUAUCAAUCAAUGCGAUGGAGCAGUGGACAUGAACACUUCUAUCGAAGCGGAUUCUUCGAUGAAUGUAAAUACUGAGCACAUAGUAGAGAGCAGUGACUCUGCCAAGAGAGUGGCCGAGGAUAUGGUAACUACUUCAACUUCUGAAACUGAAGAAUCUAUUGUAAAGUGUGGUGUUUGUAAACAAGAAGUGGAAAACAAAUCAUGGUACAACCAUAUGCAGACUGAACAUAAUUACCUGGCAUGGAAAGAAGGAGAUGAUGCUGUGGAUCUAGAAGAUAAAGACCAAAUCUGGCAGCAUUUGAAUUUACUUUCAAAGAAAAUUGGUGGACUUGUGUGUGCCAAAUGUGGCUUCCAUCGCAAAUAUGUUAAGGCUUACCUUAGCCAUAUAAAUCAAUGCGAAAAGACGGACACUUCUAUGAACGUGACCAUGGAUGACCCAAGUUUGGACGUUGCCACCGCAUCUUCAGCUCAAGGCAUCAAUGUUAAGUGCGGUGUUUGUCAACAUGAAAUGGAAGACAAUCUAUGGAACGAUCAUAUGCAGAAGGCUCAUAAUUACCUAGCAUGGAAAGAAGGGGAAAAUGCUUUGGAUGUUGAAAACAAAGAACAAGUGUGGCAACAUUUGAACAUUGUUUCAAAGCAAUUAGACGGGCUUGUUUGUUCCAAAUGUGGGCUUCUCCGCAAAUAUGUCAAGGCCUACUUUGCCCACAUAAACCGAUGCGAUGGGACGGCUCCCAAUAAUGAUUCUUUAAAUUCGAGUUCAAUGGACACGAGUUGUGUGUCGGAAGUCAAUACGUCGUUUUCGAAAAAUGUUACAAUGGGCGGGAAAGUAAAAUGUGGAGUAUGCUCUAUAACCUGUGAUAACAUGAAAUGGAUAAAGCACAUACAAACAAAACACAAUUAUUUAGCGUGGAAAAAGGGAGAAGCGAUGUUGAACUUACAGGACCCGGAAGAAAUUGAAAAUCAUCUGCGUAAUAUUAUUAAAGAUCACGGCUCCUUAUAUUGUCACAUUUGUGGCACAGAUCGGAAAUAUUCUGCUAAAGCAAUAACUGAAUAUUUAAAACACAUUGAAACCUGCAGCAAAGAUAUGAGUUCAGAAAUAGACGAGAAAAAACCAAUUAGAUCGGUGCUUCCUUCCAAAAAUGACGAGUUUAAAUGUGGUGUUUGCGAAGAAAUCGUUAAAGCCAAUGAUUGGAUAAAACACAUACAUAAACAUAAUUAUUUUGCCUGGAAACAUGGAGAGACUCCUUUGGAAUUUGAGGACACGGAGAACGUAAAGUUACACUAUUUGAAACUUUCAAGACAAGUGGAAGGGUUCGUAUGCUGCAAUUGCGGAUUCAGGAAGAAAUAUCCUAAGCUGUUCAUUGACCACAUUGCGGCCUGCUCUGAAACCACUGGCGGUCCGGUGUUAACGCCAGUCUCUACAGUUGAAGGCGUGGUGGAAUGUGCCCGUUGCUCGGAAAAAAUGGAUCCAAAAAAAUGGAGGCGACAUUGCAUGGACGAACAUUAUAAUUUAGCUUGGAAAGUUGGCGACUUUCCUAUCAACCUCAAACUACCCUAUACCGUUGAAAAGUAUUUGAAGGAGUACCAGCAGGCAAAGGGUUCGUUAGUUUGCAAAAUUUGUGGUAUAAGCAGAGCGUCACCUGUUGGAUUCUACGCGCAUAUUAUUGCCUGUGGCAAAAGUGAAGAGGAGCUCGAAGAGUUUCAAAAUGUUUGCGAGAUUUGCAAUAAUAAAUAUUUGUGCAUAUACAAAAGUCAACAUAUGACCAGUCACAGGGAACAAGAAUAUGCUAAAGAACGUAAAAUAAGAAAGCUUGAGAAAAUUAAGGAAGAAAAUGAAAGAAACUCUACGACGGACUUAGAUAUGACGGGUGAUGAUGAAUACCCCACGGGCCGACGAAAAGCUGCAGUCAAGGCAAGGGACGUUAUUGGGCAAUUGAAAGCAGAUGACGAUAACAAUACGUGUGCCCAGUGUGGGUUUGCGGCCAGUACCGCGAAAAAGCUUGCCCGUCACAAGUGCACCGACAUCUUUGAAGGUGGCUCCGCUUCAGAAGAGUCGAACGACUCCGAUAUCGAUGCCGAGGUAUCAGAGCAUGACGAUGACGACGAGUGCACAAAAAGGAAACGCCACAAGGAAGCCCUUGUGCCAGCGAAAGUACCUAACUUGCCUUUCAAGUAUAACAAAGUAAAUUCGUUUAAGGAUCAAAUUGCAGAAGAUUUCUUCAAGAUACAUUAUACAGACGAAAUACUUUUUCCCGAAUGGCGGAACUGUAAUUAUGAAUACUUGGAUGAUAGUCGAGUAUCAGAUUAUUUACCGAAAAUGGAAUCGUCUUGUCAAAUCAAAUUGAAUGAUAAAUGGGACACGUUUACCAGAUUCCAAGUGAAACAAUUUUCGAACGGUGGUUUAAGUAUAUUUGUGGGUGGCACUGUCAGGUGCUUGUCUUGGAUUCCCGCGCGAGUGGGCGAGGACAACCAAAGAAAUUAUUUGGCUGUAUCGUGUCACAUGGAUUCAGAUGCCCCUCGAUUAAACUUUGACGAGUUGUCGACUCACACAGGAGUUAUACAGAUUUGGGAUUUUGGCACUACGGCCAAAGAAAUCCCAAAAUUAGUAGUUGGUUUAGCGCAUGACCACGGCACAGUGUGGGCAAUGGACUGGUGUCCGUCGGGCGCGAGGGACUCCGACGAGAGUGCCGACAACGCCGGCAUUCCCAGGAUUGGCCUCCUCGCUGUGGCUUGUUCUAACGGCCUGGUCUACAUAUAUUCCGUCCCUAAUCCUUCGUCAAAAACAGAGCCGGAUAAAAUGUUAUGUACUCUGAAACCCGUUGCGGAACUCAGGAUAGCAAUGGGUCAGGAAAGGAAGCGUUACCAAGCUACGGCUAUUAACUGGUCCAAGCAAAAAGAUCACGGGAUUAUAAUGGUCGGAUAUUCGGAUGGGACUACAGCGUUAUAUGAUUUGAAAACUACCUCGCUUCUGCUGAAAGCCACUGAAAAUGACGUCACCAUCUUUUAUCCCUACCUCGACAGACGAGAUCACAACGUUUGCAUAACAGCCGUGGACAUAUACCCGAGUGCGGACGCUUCGCGCGGCUCGCACGUGGGCGGCGCGUGCAGCGCGUCCAUGGCGGCCGUCAGCGCGCGCCUGCGGCCGCCCGCCGCGCGCCUCGAGAGCCGCCACCCCGCCACCGCCGCCGCCUUCAUGCCCGGCUGGCCCGCCGUGCUGUUCGCCGCCGAGGACACCAUCGGUUCAUGCCCGGCUGGCCCGCCGUGCUGUUCGCCGCCGAGGACACCAUCGGUGAGAAUCGACAGUCACCUUUAUUGGCCACUAAAGUCCGGUCGCCGAGCACAUAGAAUUUCGUCAAAUGACCCCAACCUACCACCCAUCCUUAUCGCUCGCGCGUAUUUAUAUUUGCUGUUGCGCUCGCACACUCACUGCGGCCGCCCGCCGCGCGCCUCGAGAGCCUCCACCCCGCCACCGCCGCCGCCUUCCUGCCCGGCUGGCCCGCCGUGCUGUUCGCCGCCGAGGACACCAUCGGGAAAGUUUGACUAUCAGUGGAUAGGAGUGACAGACUACAAACUACGACUAAUGAGGCUUCCCUUGGCAGCGAGCCAGGCGGUGAACGAGCUGGACUGGUACGGGUGCGCGCGGCGCGUGGGCGCGGUGCGCGCGCUUUCGGGCUGCGCGCGCUGCGGCCGCGUGCUGCUGUUCGCGCCGCCGCUGCUGCGCUUCGUCGACGCGCUGCCGCCCUACACCGACGUCAGGAAGCAGACAGUGGCAAUCAUAAAAGCGUCGCCACUCGGCAAGAAGCGGAAGCGCGGGAACGACGAGCUGGCCAUGCUGGUGGAGCCGCUCACUUACGAGGACGUCGUGCAGCAGUACGGCGUAGAAGUCAAGCUGCUCCACACCCACGAAAGGAGCGCGUCCAUGGCGAACAUGAGAGAGUCGUUCACGGAACGGUUCCCACUCGCUGACGUGACGGCGAUCGCCUUCUGCGCGGACGAAGCGCGUCACCGCGUCGCUGCCGUCGGCUUGCACGCCGGCUUCAUACUCAUCCUGUCGGUGUGA